GGCAUUGUAGUGAGUUAUUGCGCUCCAGACAGAGCUGCAGCACCGCUUCUGAGGAUGCGGUGACAGCAUCAGUGACAUUUCUAGUGAAAAAUAAACGAGUCAUCUGUGUGUCUAACAGAGUCAUUUGGAUUUCCGGAGAGUCUGAUAUAAGCGCCUUCCUUUCGUUUGAUAAAAUCCACCCCUCAUUGUCAACCUGCUGGGCCUAAAAGUGAAGCAGCACCCGGCUUUAUGAAUGAGGAUGCUCGGUUCCCAGGCUGACUGCAAUUGAGGAGCAUCAAAAUUCACUCCAACCUCUCCAAAAGGGAUUAUACUCAAGACCUGGACGCUCCUUGUGACCCCUUUGUCCACAACAAAAUCAGCAAUCAGCCACCAUGCCAAUCUUAAAACAGCUAGUGUCUGGCUCUUCCCAGACCAAGCGCCGCUCACGCAUGGACCUGACCAGGGAGAUGAUCAGCGCUCCGCUGGGCGACUUCCGCCACACUAUGCAUGUCGGUCGCAGCGGUGAUGCAUUCGGGGACACCUCCUUCCUCAGCACCCGCUCGGGUGAACCUCCUCCUGAGAACACAUUCUUCCCCCGUUCUCCCCGGCCCGGCCUCCUGUCUCGUACCUUCAGGAGCAGCAAACGCUCUCAGUCGGUGACCAGAGUGGACAACACCCUGAUGACCCCUGGUGGGUCGCCUACCUAUGUGAAGAAUGCCAUGUCUCUGCCAUUCCUCAAUGAUGAAGACAGAGGGGAGAGCAUUGUGGCAAAGAGUUUGUCCUCCAGUCCUUUAAAGCAGCACCUGGAGGUGGAUGGGCAAGGUGCAGCUGCAGCUGCUCACUUCCUGGAGCUGGAGGAGCGGCGCUUUGGUGAACUGACUGAGCUUCCAGAGACCUCCCACCACUACGGCGGCGGUAUGAAACACGCUGAGUCAGUGAUGUCUUUCCACGUCGACCUGGGACCCUCCAUGCUGGGUGAAAUCCUGGGUGUGAUGGAGAAGGAGGAUGAUGAUCUCGGCUAUGAGGAGGGCAAGAGCAGCGAGGGCCGUGCCUCGCCACCUCUUAGCAUCCACGGUGAGGAGGAGGAGGAGGAUACGGGGGAGAGAGAAAAAGAUGAGGACACAGAGGAGGAGAUGGUGGCAGAGGAGGAAGGAGCAGAACUACAGCAGCAGGCCUCUGUGAAUCCAGACGGCUCUGUAGAUCUGGGGCCUGAGAACGGAGGACCCUACACCCCAGAGUACACUCCCGAGACUCGGCCAAAACACUUGCAGCAUCUAGACAGCUGCUCCAUGUCCAGCUCCGGCUCUGCUGCCCUGGAUGAGAAGCCAAACAGCCAGACCUAUGCAGGAGAUACGGACAGUGCCACCUUCAGUGCCCCGCCAGAGGAAGAGAGCAACUUUUCCUCUUUCUUGGAGGAUGAAGACGAUGAGAUUCACGUAUGAGAUUCCAAAGCCGCCUUAAAAAAAAAAAAAAAAAAAGAAUAGCACAGAGCUGUGGAAGGGGUUUAUGUGAAGCUUGCAAGUCCUUUGACAGUGUGGAUUUGCACUUGAACGGAAAUAAGACACUUUUGUCGGGUACUGUGGGGAUGGGACUGUGAAAAUGACAGAGGACUCUCACUUUGUAGGUCUGCAAGGAGAGAGUGACUGCUCCUUUUUGGAGGAGCCCAAACUCCCAUCUGUCAGAGAGCCUUACCCUCCACUGUCUGUCAAUCCGUAUCUCCCUUUUGAACGCUGAGGGAACUGACAUGGAAGAGCAGCCACUCUUUGAAUAUGGAACAUUCCAGAAGUAAGCAGGGAGGAUGGGUUAGAAAAGAAACUUUUAGGAAAAACACUUUCCAUAACUAAAGCUCCGUUCACGCUUUCUCUCUCUCUCUCUCUCUCUCUCUCUCUCCUCUCACUUGACGCGUCACAUGUGCUUUUCUCAUUUGGUUUCGCCUCUCUUCUCCUCUUGCUUUGCUUUCUCACUGGCUGUGGGACAUCAUGAGGCCUGAGCUGAACAGAAGGCCUCUGUCACCGCAGGAUCACUGGUGGGUAUCUUGUCACAAUAAAGGGGGCUAUGUUUGUCACUGGAGUGUGAAGCCCUGCCUUGAGCCCCUUUCAUCUAGAAAAUGUUAUCGUAAAGUGCCAUAGAUCUGUCAGUUUUCUCCCUUAUGUAACUCAGGGUCCUUGCGAUGCUGCUCAAAGGCUGCCAUUUCCUGCGUGUAAAGCCGGACCACAAAGCCCCAAACCAAAAUUCUCCUCUGUUUUUAAUUCACUGUGAGCGCCACACAGGCUGAGCCUCAGUGUAAAUUAGAGAAAAGCAGGGUUGUAAAGCUAAUGGAGAUACAUUGGCCUGCAUUAACUAUAAAGCACAGUGUUACUAAAGAAAGCCAGAGGUGUAAGGAGCAGUGUGUGGCACACUGAAGAGGGAUUGCACACUGUUCAUUGUCUGCUUUUUUUGUCUUCCAUUUUACAGAUUCAUUUCUCACCCUGAAGUCAUGAUGGUGAUGGUGUUGCAGAUUUCCGUUAACUGACAUAAAUUAGCCAUCUUCCUCCUUAUUCGUCUGUCAUUUCAAGUUGAAACUGAAAAGACUGAUAACCACUUCCUUCCUUGUAUUUGUACAUCUGAGCAGCUGCAGUGGUGCAACUGAACUGCGUAAAAGAUCCUCAUUAGUCCAGAGGAUGCCUUUAUGUGUAAAGUAGUUUCAACUACUACUCUUGAGGAGGGCUUUAGGGUAUGUGUUGUUGAAAAUCAGUGCACCAGGAGGCACAAUUAAACCAGACACUACUAGUAUUCUGUGUUUAAUACCUGUUUUGUAUGGAAAAAAAAAAAUCUUUGCUAUGUUUAUGUAAUAUCUGUUUAUAGAGUGGAUGAAAAAGAAAAAGAGACAGCCAGCAAUAGAUGCAAGAGCAUUUAAAAAAAGAAAAAGAAAAAAGAUAGCUAUUUUUAUGCAAGUUGCAUAGUCAUUGCAGCUUGACUGUAUCUCUUGCAUCAUUAAAAGCAGCGGCCAGAAGUAUCGAGGCUCAGUUGCGCUGAUUGAUUCCACUGCCUUAACUGAAACUGACAGAUGUGCCAAAUCAUAAUUUUCUAGCCAAAAAUAAUUUCUCACUUUUGGGAGAGCCUGUCAAAUCUAUCUGUCACUUCCUUCUCUUUAUGGGUAAUCACUGUUGAAUUUGAGUUGCAGCUCAGAGGUUAAAAAAUAAAUAAAUAAUUAAACAAAGAAGUGUUUUAAGAUCAUGCACACGGGGAAAGAAAAAAAAGACUGAAUUUGUGUAACUGGAUAUUUAUAUUUCCAAUCACUCAAACACUACAUAAUAUAUUCAGGUAAUUUCUAGAGUUAACAAUUGUGUGUGAAUGGGGAGGUGUCCUUUCUGUAUAAUGUUGUAUAUUAUGCCUUACUUCUUUACUGUUACCUUUUUUCUGUAUCAUCCAAAAUAACCUAUAUUUUUCAAUAAAAUAAAUCCUGAAGGUC